AUGGCGGGCAAUACCGUCGAUAUCCGAACCAAGAACCUCACAAAGCCCGUAGAUGUGGCUGACUACCUCUUUACUCGUCUGCACCAAAUUGGAGUUCGCUCUGUUCAUGGACUCCCAGGCGAUUACAACCUCGUGGCUUUAGAUUACCUGCCCCAAAACGGUCUGAAAUGGGUGGGCAGUGUGAAUGAGCUGAAUGCUGCAUAUGCUGCCGAUGGAUAUGCCCGUAUCAAGGGAAUCUCGGCUCUGAUCACAACAUUUGGAGUGGGUGAACUCUCGGCGCUCAAUGGCGUGGCGGGCGCGUACAGUGAGAUGGUACCCGUAGUACACAUUGUUGGCUGCCCUAGCACCAUCUCUCAACGCAAUGGCAUGUUGCUGCAUCACACACUCGGCAAUGGCGACUUUGGCGUGUUCGCCGAGAUGUCCAAGGCCGUCUCCUGUGAAGUAGCCAAGCUUACCGAGCCGGCCGAGAUCGCCGCCCAGAUCGAUCACGCCCUCCGCGAAUGUUAUCUCAAGUCCCGUCCCGUCUAUAUCAUGUGGCCCACAGACCGCGUCACUACCAAGGUCGAGGGCGCCAGGCUCGACACUCCAAUUGAUCUUCGUGAGCCAGAGAACGAGGCUGAGCGUGAGGACUACGUCGUCGAUGUCGUCCUGCGCUACCUCCACAAGGCAACGAACCCAGUGCUUUUGGUAGAUGCAUGUGCAAUCCGGCACAGAGUGCUCGAUGAGGUGCACGCCUUGAUCGAGAAGACCAAGAUCCCCGUUUUUGUUACGCCCAUGGGCAAAGGCGCCAUUGAUGAGACACAUGAAACCUUUGGAGGCGUGUAUGCUGGUGAUGCUUCGCACCCAGAUGUCAAGGAGGCGGUAGAGAGCUCUGAUCUGGUUUUGACCGUUGGCGCGUUGAAGAGCGACUUCAACACUGCAGGAUUCAGCUACCGCUUGAGCCAGAUGAACACGGUGGACUUCCACAGCACGUACUGUGCAGUAAGAUACAGCGAAUACCCUGGCGUUAAGAUGCGCGGUGUCCUCAAGAAGGUCACCGACCGGGUCGAUAUCGGCCAACUCUCUGUGAAGAAAGCGCCCAAGCCACCGCAGACAGUUGCAAAGGCAACGGGCGACAAUGGUCCUGUCACGCAGGCGUGGUUCUGGCCCCGCAUCACGGAAUUCCUAAAGGACGACGAUAUUGUGGUUACGGAGACUGGCACAGCAAACUUUGGUAUCUGGGAUACCAAAUUCCCCAAGGGCGCCACAGGACUGAACCAGACCCUUUGGGGCUCAAUUGGUUGGGCUGUUGGUGCCUGUCAAGGUGCAGCACUGGGCGCGAAAGAUGCCCAACAGCAGAGAAGAACGAUACUCUUUGAGGGCGAUGGCAGUUUCCAGCUGACUGCUCAGGAACUGAGCACGAUGAUCAAGCAUGAACUUGAUGUGAUCAUCUUCGUCAUCUGCAAUGACGGAUACACCAUUGAGCGCUUCAUUCACGGCAUGGAAGCCGAGUACAACGACGUCGUGCAAUGGGACUACAAGGAACUUGUCACGGUUUUCAGCGGUGGGCCGGAGAAGCAGGCCAAAAAUGGUACCAAGAAGUACACCGUCAAGACCAAGGACGAGGUCGAGAAGCUCUUUGCAGACAAGGACUUUAACGAGCGCAAAGGCCUCAGGUUCGUUGAGAUUUACAUGCCCAAGGAGGAUGCCCCGAGAAGCUUGCAGACGACGGCCGAGGCCAGCGCGAGGAACAAUGCCAAGUCGGAGUAA